CGUUGCCUCCCCGCAGGAGCCCCCCCGCCAUGGAUGACCUGAACCUGCACUUCAGGUUCCUCAACUGGCGCCGGCGGAUCCGGGAGAUCCGGGAGGUGCGGGAGGGCCGGGACCGGGACCGGGACCGGGACAGGGAUCGAGACCGGGACCGGGACCGGGACCGGGGCCUGCGCUGCCAGGAACGAGCCCGGCACAUCCUGGUGGACGGGGACACCCUCAGCUACCGCGGCCCCUCGGGCGAGGUCGGCUGUUACGUGGCCCCGCGGCCGCUGACCCGCGACAGCAACUACUUCGAGGUGUCCAUCGUGGACAGCGGGGUCCGCGGCACCAUCGCCGUGGGGCUGGUCCCGCACUGCCACAGCCUCGAGCACCCCCCGGGAUGGGGGCCCGGCUCCGUCGCCUACCACGCCGAUGAUGGAAAGCUCUACAGUGGCCGGGCCAAGGGGCGCCAGUUCGGCUCCAAGUGCAGCUCUGGGGACCGGAUCGGCUGCGGCGUCGAGAGGGGCUCGUUCGGAGCCCCCCCAGCCCAGGUUUUCUUCACCAAGAACGGCCAGAGGGUGGGGGGUCUGGGGGUGCCACUGUCGCCCCCGGGGCUGUUCCCAGCCGUGGGGCUGCACUCGCUGGGCGAGGAGGUUCGGCUGCAUCUGCCCCCCCCCGGGCCCCCCGAGGAUGAGGGGGGGGCUAUGCUGGUAGACAGCCUGGAGGAAGAGUGGGGCAGGCUCCACGACGUGCGGCUCUACGGCUCCGUGUUGGAGUACGUGGGGAAGGGGAAGAGCAUCGUGGAUGUGGGGCUGGCCCAGGCCCGGCGGCCGCUCAGCCCCCGCAGCCACUACUUCGAGCUGGAGAUCCUGGACCCGGGCGAGAAGUGCUACAUCGCCCUGGGCGUGGCCAGGAAGGAUUACCCCAAAAAUCGUCACCCUGGCUGGAGCAGGGGCUCAGUGGCCUACCACGCGGACGAUGGAAAGCUGUUCCACGGCAGCGGGGUCGGGGAUCCCUUUGGCCCCCGCUGCUACAAGGGUGACGUGAUGGGCUGUGGGAUCAUGUUCCCUCGGGACUACGGCCGGGACAGCGAAGGUGACAGCGAUGACGCCUCGGAGCCCCCCGAGGUGAAGGUGAAGGUGCGCAACGUGAUGUACCUGGAGGAGGAGGAGGAGGAGGAGGAAGAGGAGGAGGAGGAGGAAGAAGAGGAUGGGGAGGACAUGGAGCAGGAGCAGGAGGGCAGGAAGGUCGUGGUGUUCUUCACACGGAACGGGAUGGUCGUGGGGCGCAGGGAGGUUGGGGUCCCCCCCGGGGGGCUCUUCCCCACCGUGGGGAUGCUCAGCACUGGCGAGAGGGUCAAGGUGGACCUGCACCCCCUGAGCGGAUAAAGGGGGGGGCCGUGUGGGACCCCCCAAAACCUGAAACCCUCUGGUGCUCCUGGUGCCCCCCCAGGCCUUCCCAGUGCACUUUAGGAUGUUUCCACAACGGUGGAGACCCCCCCAAGGUGGUUUUUAGGGGGUUCACUUCUGCCCCCAACCCCAUAAUUUCACUCUUUUAGGGUCUCUUUGGGGGAGGGGAUUCCCCUAAUUGAAUCCCCCCUCAAAAGUACCCCACUGUUGCCCCCCUAGAUGUUUUUUGAGGGGGUCUCAGCCAUGGCCUGCACCAUAUUUUUGGGGACCCACCCCCGUGUUUUUGGGGGACUCAAUCCUUCCCCCCCCCGCCCAGAUCAUCCCAGUGACCCCCCCAGGUGGAUUUGGGGGUCUCAGUCCUGCUCCUUCUACAAUGGGUGACCCUCGUGCCCCCCCAGAGCCCCCAAAUCACCCCCUUGACCCUCCCACUCCACUGCCCCCCCCAGUGCCCCCCAGAUCACACCUGCACCCCCUCAUCUCUUCCAGUGCUCCCCAUUCCUGGGGGGUUCCAAGGGGCAGAAUUCGGGGUCCC